GGGGGUGCCGAAGGUCUUCGGGAUAGGGAAAGGUAUAAGAUGACGGAUACCGACAUCUCUUCCUCAUGAGUGUAGGCGUACACAAACCGAGAUUUGUAUCCUGAGUGACCACCUGUCAGCCUAGACACAACAUCUCGUGGGCACGGGACAGAGCGGCUCAGUCGAAGACACACCUUUCACACUCAACUCCCUCUCAAGCCCUCUCUUGAUUUGAAUCUCAAAGCACCUCUCGUGCUCCCACGUCCAAUAUCCACCAUGUGCCACGGACAUCCGCAUAUCCACGGCUGUGGCCACCAAUCUAUGACAUGGCAUUACUGCCCGUCAGCCCUGAUCGACCUUGAGACGGGGUACGAGACAGCGUGCUCCAAUGUCACCUUUGCUGCUCCCCAGCCAUCCAAUGCCGCCUGUGUGCUGAUCAAUUGCGAUUACCGCAGUGGGGGCACAGGGUGGACGUGCUGCAACUGCGGAGGGCGUAACACGAGCGGGUGGUGCAAGAACAUGUCACCCAAUCCCAAAUGGGAGAAGAACACGAUCACCAACGAAUGGGAAUGGAUCGAGACCUGUGACCACGGGUGUUGUCGGAAUUGUGCCAAAGACUCCUCGAGCAACUACGGCGAGCCCAGCCGCAAAGACGGGAAGAGAAGUAAGGAUUCUCGAAAACACCGCCACCGAACACAAGGAGAAGCCGGGUCUUCUUCGGCAGCUGAUCCUAUGGCCUCGUACAACAUCACGCUGGACUACAGCAGCAAAGAGUCGAGGGGAUUGUCCCGGAAAGAGGGAAAGUCGUCCUCGGGACACAAGAAGAAAUAGGCGAAGAUCCAUGGCGAAAAGCGGAAGGCAAGAGGCGAAAGGCGAGUGUUGAAUUCCUGUACCAUGUGUUUAUAAGAACAUGUAUAUUUGUACCAUAGCAACUUGGGCUCUCAACGGGCCCAAGCACGGCGGUGUUUUUUAGAGCAUUUUCAUGGCACAUAGCUAGGCAUGGGAAACAGGAUAGGGACAGGAAGCAGAAAAAGAUCAAGGGCUUACAUGAUGGAGCAUGGAGUCUGGCGGUGACCUGCACAGAAACGAGGCGGGAUUAGUGUGUUCGUUCUUGGCUUGCUCUUUUGGAGUUUUGAAUUAACCGGGGGCCGGUUCCUUUGUGCGUUGGGGCGGCCGGCAAAGCCUGACGGAGGUCGAAUCAUCGAUAAAAGGCUGAGGUGGAGAUAUAAUGAACGAAGAGAUGACUUGAUUCUUGGUGACUCAUGUGUUUGUUCCAAUGGCAGGUGAUUACUGUUGGUGACUUUGAAAACAGUUGGCUGGCUCAUGCCAGUAAAAGAUGGCCGGUCAGGUGUAGGUAAGAUUUGAAG